AUGAACUCCGAAUUUAUUGAAAAGGAAAUUUCCAGAUUAAAAAUAACUAAACCUGCCCAAUUCGAGAGGUUGAUUGACGUUCUGCAGCAGAAACCUGAGCUGGCCAGAGGCAAGGGACAAUUCGGUUCCACAAAAAGAACCCAAGACGAAGAAUGGGAAAGUAUAGCUGUUCAACUGAAUAGCAUUGGACCACCAUCAAGAACAGCAAAAGAAUGGCAAAGAGUAUGGAUCCAUUACAAAGGAAAUUUAAAAAGAAAGCUUGCCAACAACAAGCUUAGGGGCCUAUUAUGUAAGACAACUAAGAACAAAGUUGAGUUAUUAAAAAUAACUAAACCUGCCCAAUUCGAGAGGUUGAUUGACGUUCUGCAGCAGAAACCUGAGCUGGCCAGAGGCAAGGGACAAUUCGGUUCCACAAAAAGAACCCAAGACGAAGAAUGGGAAAGUAUAGCUGUUCAACUGAAUAGCAUUGGACCACCAUCAAGAACAGCAAAAGAAUGGCAAAGAGUAUGGAUCCAUUACAAAGGAAAUUUAAAAAGAAAGCUUGCCAACAACAAGCUUAAUUUGAAAACCACAGGGGGUGGUACAUCACAACAUAUAAGUUUAACCAAUCUGGAAGAGAGCGUGGUUGGGUUGAUUGAACUUCAAAAAUCAGUGAAUCCAACAGGAACCGCAUGUGGACUGAACACUUUAGGAUCCUCAUCCUCACCUUAUCUGUGCAGCAACGUUGACGAUGAUAACUUUUCACCACCUGAAGAGGAAAAUGUCUCAGCAUCCACAUCAUUUUCCAGGAAAGCUAAGAAGAGAAAGCCAUUGCAGUCAAUUGAGGAAGAAAGAAUUGGGUAUCUUAAAACUCAAACAGAAAACCAUACCCAAAUGUUGCAGCUGUUAAAGAACAUAGAAAAUACAAACUAUAAAAACUAUAGUUUAAACAAACAAAAGCUGGAAUUGAAGAAAAAAUCCAUUGAGCUAAAAAAGAAAAAAUGUGAAGAAGCUUCGGAGCUCCAUGCUUUGAAUGUUCAAAUCAAAAAAAGGAAAAUCGAAAUCCUGCAACUUCAAACAACCUUCUCAACAUAGCUUUUUUUUUAAAGAAUAAUUAGUUUUUUUGUUUUAGUUUUAUGAUUUCAAAUUCUGUGAAUUUUAUAUGUUUUUUUUUUUUUUUGUUUUUGUUUUAUUAUUUAAGUUUUACUUUUUUUGUAUUUACACAACUUUUAUGUAAUUUAAAAAUACUAACUAAACUAAUAAUACUACUUAACUAAAAUGAA